AUGAUUGACAGAGCUGAAGACGUCGGAGAUACUUGUGAACGGUUGUUAAACAUUGAACUGAUAGUACUUCAACUAAUAGGCCUUAAGUCUAUGCGAAAUGCCUUCCGUGAUAACAUUGAAAUAUAUAUUACGUCUUCUUAUAAAGAAGGUUUUAUUAGUAGUCUAGGCGUUAGUGUUUUUAUGUUAUAUGUUUAUUCUGGUUUUUGGACACUUCAUUUGGUGGGGUAUGAUGAUAUUAGUUUCGCAGCGGAAGUUAUUACAGUGAUAUUGUCAGCCUCUAUGUGCAUGAUCAAGGGUUUGACAUUGUCAUUGCAUCGUCGUCAAUUAUUCAACAUACUCCGGGACUUCCAUAUAUUGUGGAAAAAUGCGAAAACUCGUAAGAAUUUGCGUCCUCAAAUAGAUGAGCUGAUAAAUAGUUCCAAGCCAGCACGAUAUUGUUAUAUGUUUGCUGCGAUUUCAGUGGGCCUCAGCUACGGAUUGCGUCCGUAUUAUCUAUUAGUCAGCCAUUAUUUGAUAAAUAGUAACGAAACACUCGAUUACUCGGCAACGGUGUAUCCUUUGUUGUACCCGUUUCCUUAUAACUCACUUGUUACCUACAAUUUUUGUAUAAUUUACGAGCAAUGCGUAAAUUACUUCGCCGUUUUCUACUGGAUUACAUGCGACACCAUAUUUAUUCAACUUACUACCCAUAUUUGCAUUCAUACGCUGGUACUAGCUGACGAUUUCAAACUAGAAGCAUACAACGAAAAAAAUAUUAAAAGUUAUACCGAUUUUAAUGCUAUCAUUAGUCUUAUCAAGAGACACCGCCACAUUUUAGGAUUGUGCAAACAAAUAGAGAUUUUAUUUAAUCCAAUUAUUUUCUUUACGGUGCUAUUCAACGGGAUAGAUCUCUGCUGCUGUAUAUUCACACUAGACAAAGAAGCAUCAGAAGGACACUGGCCAAAAUUUGCGAGAAGUAUCGCUCAUGCAAUGACACUGUUGAUACAAAUAAUAAUCUACUGUAAUUUUGCUCAUCGCGCCACUGAGAUGACAAAAAGUAUAACAACUUCAAUUUAUAAUUCUCCGUGGAUGAAAUGUGAUAGAAAAAUAAAAAAAUUGCUGAUGAUCACGACGAUGCGGGCCAAUAAAGAGUACAAAUUUAUGGCCUACGGACUUUUAAUUCUUGAUCGCGAACAAAUGACAAGAAUUUUUAAAACAACAGGAAGUUACAUAGCUCUUCUCAGAAGUUUUUCA